UGUAUUCUGCUACAUGUCUUUGCUUAAAAAAAUCCCAAUAUGUGUAAAUUAAUUGGUUUACGUUAAAGUUAUGAUGUUUAAAAAAAGUAUAGAUACUGGAAUUAUUUUUACUAGUAAUGGCGGCGAUCAUCGACUUAUAGCAGGACUGCAGGACUGCGGCGGGCAUUCUGACACUGGGGGGGAACUGACUUGGUGUCACUGACAUACCCAGUGACACCAAUACAGUGAUCAGUUCUAAUAAAAAGCACUGACACUGUACUAAUGGCACUGGGCAGGAAGGGGUUAACGUGUGGGG